GAAGUUUUCGGUCCGUUAGUGACAUUCCGGCACUCACAAAAGAGUUCAACUGCAAGAUGGCUAGCACGUUUAAUCAACCUCUGCAAUUGGCAAUGAUAGGACUUUAGUCCCAGGCGAAACUUGAUUGAUUGAUGGACACAUCUUGCCGAAAAAAUGUGUCCCGCAAGACCAACCAUCAAAACACUCAGCAUUUUUCCUGCUUUUGCCGGAAGACCUGUGCUUGGGAUGUCAUAAUAUGCCUGAAACCUUCCCAUCUUAGGGCUGUUAGGAGCAACCAUGGGCCACAGAAGUCAUAUGUAUGAUGUUGCACGGGAAACCAAUUAGAAUUCAACGCUGAUACAGGUGAGACAAAAAUAACGGCAUGUUUCAUUAGACAAUUGUGCAGCUUGUAGGAUUGAGGUCCACCAUCUAGCAAUUGGCACACAAAGGCUAAAGUUGUUAUUGGGUGGAGAUCCACUCCAAAAGCACCCAUCCCUUCAUCCCCCAAAUCAUGGAAAGCGGUCUGUCACAUGCUGCGGUUGGAGUUUUUGUUCACCUUGGCGCAGGCACUUGAUGAUGCUUUGGUCAAGGCACCUCCCAUGGGCUACAACUCCUGGAAUCACUUUGGAUGCACCUUGAACCAGGAGGAGCUAUCGAAAACUGCAGCCAGCUUGAAGGAUUUGGGAUUCUUGGAGCUGGGCUACCGGUACUUCGUUCUGGACGACUGCUGGAUGGCGAAAACCCGGGGGGUCACUCUGGAGGCGGACAGCAACGCCUUUCCUUCUGGCAUCAAAGACUUCGGUCAGAAGCUGCACGAGAUGAAUUUUCUCUUUGGAAUCUACACGUGCAGGGGUGUGAGCACCUGUGAGGGUCGACCCUCGAGCCGCGACCACGAGGAGGCUGAUGCAAAAGCCUUUGCUGAGUGGGAGGUAGACUUUGUGAAAAAUGAUGCUUGCUGGGAUCCUGAUUGCGGCCCAGAACAGCCUACUGUUCCAGGCUCGGGAAUUUGCGACAUCGAAGGUCGACGGAAAGCUGUGCUGCGCUACCAGAGGAUGAAGGACGCGAUGAACCGCACGGGGCGGCCGAUGGUACAUUCCUUAGCAGGUUGGCAGCCUUGGUUCGCAGUGGUGGGGAGCCAGCUGGCGCACAUGUGGCGGGUUGGUGCGGACGUGAAAGAUUGGGAUGGCGUUUAUGAGGCCACACGCAUUAUGGAACAGCUGCGAGAAUACCACGGCGCCCAGGGUUGGAAUGAUCCAGACAUGCUCCUCGGAAGCUCACGGGGUGCCACCCUGAAGUUGACGCCGCUCCAGUCCCGUGCGCAGUUCUCCCUUUGGGCUCUCAUGCCUGCGCCCUUGAUGUUGGGAGCCAAUGUGCUGGAGCUGAGCCCUUAUGAUGCCCUCACAUACAGCAACCUGGAGGCCAUUGAGAUCAACCAGGACCCCUUGGUGACCCCUGCCGAAGUGGUCUACCACAAUUGCCCUCCAUAUCCCAGGUUUGUCAUGGGCCAACGUGCCGAUGGAGCGCCCGAGUUUGAGCUCCACACAAACGGGGUGCAGGACCCUGGCGUGGUUUGUGGAGCCCACACUGCGCCCAACUGUCCAGCAUGUUGUCAGGGACAUGGAGAAGGUUGGUGUCAUGGAGAAUGUGAAUGGCUGGGUGAGCGUGGCAAUGGUAAUCCUGACGAUGACCAGAACUGUGUUCUGUCAGAGAAGGCGAAGAAGAAGCCUGCGGCUGAGAACAAUCCCAACCCAUGGCAGCGAAAGGACCUUAAGGAGUCGUCCAUGCACCAAUGCCAGCAGGUCUGGGUGCGGCGGCUGACCAAUGGGCAGGUGGCCCUGGUUGCAGUGAACUUUGCCUCCAAGGCAGCCACCGUGGAUUUGCCCCUCUCGCAGCUGCGUUUGCCCUGGGGUGAUGAGACACCAUCCAUCCUUUGGGACGUGUGGCACGUGGCGAAAGCUCCAGAGCAAGUUCACGGACACUUGAAGUUGGCCUUGGAAGCCGAUGGAGGUCAUUACAUGCUGAAGCUGGAGCAAAAGAGUACUCAGGAGGAUCUCCCAGCCAAAGAUUUCAAGGAGGUCUCGCUGCGUGCGAGCUUGCAGAUGCCCAGUGACCCGCUGGUCAACGGCUCGGUGCAGGGAACGGGCACGAUGACGGAGUUUGUGAUGGGCGGCUUUUUGCCGAUCACGAACGAUGGCACAGGUCCGAUGGUGAUCGAUGGGUGCUUUGGAGGUUGUUUGGGGCAGGUGGUUGUAGAGUUUCGCAGACGGAAGAGGUAGCUGAAACAGUUGCAAAGAUGUAUUCUCAUGAGAGGAAUAGGUAUUCCCGAACGUGUCCAGCAAAAGUUUGAGUGAGACAAGUGAGAUAAAUAUCUCACACUUGAGUAGUGUGACGCCACCACGCUAGUAUAUAAUUUGAGCCCGAAAACUAGUGGACUACCUCAUUGACACCAGUUUGAUGCAGCCAACAGUUUGCUUAUUUCUUUCUCCCAAAACCAUCCAAAGCCUAUCAAUUCCUUGGUUUUGCCGCUUCUCAAAAUUCCAGUGCGAACCCCGCACGCGCGGUACGACCUAACGAGGGGCCUGGUCAAUCUUCGCGCUUCUUCUGCUGGUGCCUGCGGUCCUUUGGUUCUGCCGUGGCCAAUCAAAGUCUCCACACCGCCUGGACUAAAGCAGCGGCUGAAAACGACGAGAGACUCGGGCUUCGACGAGGAUGCAUCUGACAGUGCCAAAGGUGCCUGUCAGCGCUGCCUGUCAACCACGCCUUCGGCACUUCAGGUGUCAA